AUGGGGCGACGAGGACGCGAAGAAAGCGGCAAUGACGUCGUCACGGGUGAACGCUGCGUGAAGCUCUUGCGAGGCGGACGAGAAGGCACUGCACGUCCUAGUGAAAGCUGGAGCUGGAGAGCAGUGCUCGAGGGUCUCCACUUCGUUCUGGAGAACGGAACCGAGGGCGACGCGGUCGCGUGGCUCGACAACGGCACGCACUUUUGCGUACUGCAGGCACGAGAAGACCGACUUGCGAAAGUACUGGGGCUGCGCGUGUGCUCCCUGCAUCAGGUGCUCGAGGCCUUGAACUUUGAAUCUGAAGCAGAGCGAGGGUGGGAGUGUACCGUCUAUCACCACGACUGCUUUGUGCUCGGGCACCCAGAACAGAUCGACCAGAUUGUACCAGCCGUCGGUCACGAGAUACCUUAUCUCAGUACUUUCACGGAGAAAGACGUGCCACGACCUUGUGUCGCCUACAACUCGGCACUAAAGCCCUUGGAAGUUCGACUGAAUCUAUCGAGCAAGAGCCCUCAGUCGUGGAGGGUCACGAUCGCACCUAGUGUAUUACUCUGCCCGACCUUUGACGCCACGGACACUUCUAGUCCUCACGAAAGGGCUGACCCCUUCGACGGUAAUAGAGCCGGUGACGGCUCCUGGGGUCACGUGUCUCAGGACUCGUACCAUCCGAGCGACCACGACAUGACUUCGCCGCUGUGGUGGUCCCAGCGAAGCGACUUCUCCAGUAUCUGCACCGAUGAUCUGUCUGACAUGGACACGCUCUCCCAGAUCAGCGCGUUCUACGCUUAA